GUGUCCAUCGGUUCGGUUCGGAGUGGUUCCGUGUUCCGGCGCGCGCGUUUAAGAUAUCUGCAUUUUUACUGGUUCUAGACAAUCUAGCAACGGAAGCUACCGUUUUCCGGGCGUUUUUGGUGGCGCGGCACCACUACCAGGUCAGGUCAGGGUGAUUUACUACUGCAGGUCGGCGUCAUAACCACAUUACCUGGAAGGAUUUCGUUUGGGGGGGUUGGAAGUCAUAACUAUGCCGGACGAAUUUUGGCCACUCUGUCAACGGUGCCAUAAAAUGCGUUCCGUUUGACCGCUGAGAAACGGUUCUUGAGAGGUGAUUUAGUGCCAAAGAUAAACCUACCCUCCGCAAGGUGGUGACCAGGAGAGCUCGUCGACGACGUAGAGGUGCAAAUCAGCUGGCAUUAUAUUAGCAUUACAAAGAAGGCAGCUUAGCUGGUUUGAUCCAGGGGCGCGAGGGGUGAUGUAAAACAAAUUCGACAUUUCACAGCCCAUUUUGUCGUGUCGUUUCGUUCAAGCGCUAAGCUUAGGUCGUGAAAAAUCGUGAGUGAUUCACACAGAGUGAGUUUGUGAGCAGGUUUGUGUGUGUGUGCGCGCGCUUCAGUUCCCACGAGUUGAACGUGCCGGAAUAAAUUUAUGGAUUAAUUCCGACGUGGCAGACGACGACGGCGAGGAAGACGACAUUUUAAUUAUAAGACCGCGGUCUCGUUUUUGGUCCGGGAGCUUAGUCCGGGUAUUUCCGUGCGGUUUUUCCCGCCGACGACCCACCGGGGACUCAUUUGCGGGCAAAGACGAUAAUAACAAAAUUGUGUGUCCCGAGAGGAGGGAAGAAAAGUGGAACUGGAAGAAGUUGACGGAAAGCCGCUCAUUUUUCUUCCUCAACGUCGACGGGGUUCACGUGCAGCUCAAGUGGGUGGAAAACCUAAACCUGAACCCAAACCUGGUCGGGGAGGUGGGAAGAAGAACAUCAGAGACUAAGUGAAGCUGAUAAUUGAGUUUUGCCCGGUGCGAACCACGGCAAUCACUGCGAACGGGAAAUUGAGCAAAAUCGCCAUUUGGAGACCCGGCCACCUCCUGUCAGGAGCAGUUUCACCGGAUAUUGGAUCCCCAGAAGAAGAAAAACCAGUCGCUCUCCACCCGAGUACGUGCCGGGAUUAUCGCAAACUGCAAUCCGCCAGUGGCCAACCCGAAACUAAAUCACAAUCGAAAUCCGAAAACUGCAUACCAAGUGACCAUAACGAGACUACGAGCGAGAGGACCCUUUUGUGAGUGUGACCUGGUCGUUUGGGGGCGACCCAUGGAGAAGAGCCGGAAUCGGCGUUAAAGCACGCUAGUAGUGUGCCCUCUCAAAACUGGAAUAAUAAUUAAAUUUGCACGGAGUUUUCUCGGUACUGAGUGCUUUUUUUUUGUUUGUUGGUGUACCCGUCACAUGAGCGGUAUCGUCGGGCUUUGCAGCAUCCGAAGCAGAAGCAGCAGCACCAUCAUCCGUAGCACUUCCGGACCAACAGAAACAAGGAUAUCCGGUCCGUGCACCAGCAUCAGCUGUGGAGACCCGACGGCGACGCCGGAAGCGAGGAGGACGCCGAAAAUGAGGAAAAAUAUGAGAUCGAUGACGUGUUUCGUGAUAUUUCUGCUGAUUUUCGUCAUGAAUUAUGGACUUUGCCUUGCGAGACCCGACCCGUACCACUCCGCCAGCGACGUGGAGCUUCAGACCGUGGCGCCAAAGUUUAUGACCCGGGGUCACUUGUACAAGGCCAUCAUCGGUGACUCGAUCGAGCUGCCGUGCAAAGUGAAGGAUCUGGGAUCCUACGUGCUGCUGUGGCGCCGGGGGACAUCGGUCCUGACGGCGGCCAACCUGAUGGUCACGCGGGACGCCCGCUUCAAGCUGAUCGAGGGCUACAACCUGCAGAUAGCGAACGUGAAAAUCCAGGACGCCGGCGAUUACAUCUGCCAGAUCGGCGACAACGAAAGCCGGGACCAGGUGCACACGCUGGAGAUUCUGGUACCUCCGACGAUACGGGUGGUGCCCCAGAACAGGCAAAUCACAGCCCGGAAAGGCAGCACUGUCACGAUGGAGUGCAAGGCUUCUGGCAAUCCGGUGCCCGCCAUCUACUGGCACAAAAAGGACUCGUUCGCCGGCUCGUCCCAUCUGUCCGAGAGUACGACGAUGGUGCUGGAACGUGUCGAUCGGCACCACGCCGGAAUCUACCAGUGCACGGCGGACAACGGCGUCCGCGAGGCCGUCCACGCCGACAUCGAGGUGACGGUGCUGUCACCCCCGGACAUCACCGUCGAGAAGACGUGGGUGCACGCCAGCGAGGGCUUCGACAUCGACCUGAUGUGCACGGUCCACGGCGAUGUCAACUCCGAGAUGCUGUGGUACCAGAACUCGUUCCUGCUGGAUCCCACCGACCGCCGGUCCAUGUACUCGAAGGGUGACAAGUACACGCUCAACAUUCGCAACUUCCAGCAGUCGGACUUUGGCAACUAUAGUUGCGUGGCAGACAACGCCCUCGGCCGGACGAAAAAGUACAUCGAGGUGUCGGGCCGGCCCGGCCCAGCAAACUUCCUAUCCCCGGCCUACAGCAACUAUCUUGACCGGUACAACCUGACCUACACGAUCGAGUCGAUACCACCGCUGGACGAGAUAAAGCUGCUGUACCGGAAGCUAAUGAUGAACGAAACAUAUCAACAUCCGGGCAGCUGGGAGGACACGAUUUUAGUGCCAACAUUAACCCGCUCCGAUCCGACGCAUUUUAUUAUGUCGCAUGUGAUAAAGGGAUUAUCGCCCAACUCGGUGUACGAGGUGAUGAUCCAAGCGCGGAACAUGCACGGCUGGAACGAGAUCAGCGACAUCCACCAGUUCUACACGCGCAACUACGAGCUGGCCCUGAACGAGCUGGAGUUUGUGAUGAGCUCGAUCUCGAACAACAACGGUGCCGCUGGCCGCACCGCCACGCUCAGCAGCUGGCUGGUUGGCAUCCUUGCCGCCGUGUUGCUAGCACGUUAAUUGACGAGGUGUUUAAUUUUAGAUUUUUGUUUUGUUUCGCUAGUCGAUAAGGUAGGACUUUUUGUAACUUUGCACUAUUAAACUCUUGGGGAUAGCAAAAAGAUAAUGAUGAGCGGUGAAUGGAGAAACCAAUGAACUGAACAAUUUAAGGGAGAAAAAUGUAACACAAACUGAAAUAACACUUUUAGAAUACAACAAAAAAACGGGGUAGAUCUUUCCUUUAGGUUGGUGGUGUGUAGAGCAGUGCAGCGCGCAGUGUGCAACAAAACAACAACCAUCAAGCUUUAGCGAGUAACAAAAAAGGUGUUUUUUAUGUCGAAACCAUUAAUCGGAUCCGCGAUAAUCAGGAUUCCACGCUAGGGUUUAGUGGUCGAUAGGGCAACAAAGGUAGUCGAGGACGGAGGGGGAUUGGAGGGUCAGAAAAACUAAUAAUGAUCCGGCGUGGUAAUCGCUACGCAGCAAUUACAGUAAUACCCACUAUAAAUAUUUGUACAUAAAACAGAAAAGCAGAGGCUGCUCGUGUGUGUUUGUGUUUUCGAGGGGGAAGUGUGGGUGGUUGGAGGAGUAUUGGUUUGUUUGCAUACGGUGGAGGUGGUAGAAAAACAUCCAAUUCAAUCCGUUCACCACUAUUUCGUAGGUGUUGAGCUCUCUUGGUUCAGUCACAAUAUCUCUAGACUCAGCUAAGUGGAAAAUUCGGGCAAAAUGUAGACGUUCCUUUCACUAUUCUUCACGAGAUGGCGUAAGGAAUCAAAAAGCCAUCUUGAAGCAACAAUUGGAGCCGAAAUCUGUAUUAUGUUGAGGGAACAAACAAAAACGCGUCUCCCUGAUCAUUAGCGGCGCAUGCCUUGUUGUAAUGCAGAUUUUGAUUCUACUAUUCUCUACCAGAUGGCUCUCAGGAACUGUUUGGAACCAGAACGCCAUCUUUUGGCGAAUAGUGAAGUCACGAUCAGGGCUGGCGCCGUUGAUGGUUAAAAUUACGUCGUUGAUUAAAAUUAAACGGAUUUUUUUUGUAAUUUUCGACAGUGUUGUGAGGUUUAUAAAACAAAUGCAACAUUUGAAGAUAUUAAAAGGUUUUUUUUAUCAAAUAGAUUUCAACUAACAGAGUACAACAUGACCGUUAUUUGUCGGUGUAGUCCAGCAUGAACAAAGAGCUGGAGCAAACAAGAAAAAACCGCCAACUGACUCUUCUAAACAUACACACAAAUACACACAGACAGAAACUCACUCAAAUAGAGCAAACUCGUGCAACCGUAUGUGUAUGGUUAAUGUUUUUAGCAGAAAGCCCGUAAAAAAUGUGAUUUAGAUGAUAUCUGUUUGUCAAUAUGCCCACUAGUGUGAGUGUGUUUUGCGAUUGUGUGAGUGUGUUUUGCGAUUGUGUGAGGAAGGUGCGAGGGAUUUUCCGGGGGAAAAAAAGGGAGCAGAUUAUUAAUUGGUUUCGAUGAUUGAAUUUCAUGGAUUUGGUCGGCGACCGGAGGGAGUAAUUAAAACUUUUGAGGGUUCGAUUUUCCGCUUUAUUUGCGGGGCCAUCAAUACGCUGAUUAUGUGGUCUCCAGUGAGCUAAACGCGGUUGCAAUUGGGGAGCUUUUUAAUUGACCGCUGUGGAGGAGGUUUAGUUUCAGUUUAGUUUACUAAUCGGGUUGCGAUUUGAGCAUUUGAGAGAUUUAUUUGCGUAAUUUUGUUUGGAUUAGCGUGAAUGAUUUCGCCAUUUUGAGUUUGUGGCAUUUUGGGAUUUCUGAUCACGUUUCCAUC